CCUCAAUCGGUGCCAACGGGUGAAGGUGAGCAAAAGAGGUUCUCAGUCGGUGGAGGGGUUGAUAGCAUUAGCCUUUAAAAAGGGAAAUUGUUUUUAUUUGAUAGUCCUUCCGCUAUCAAUGGAAUAUACCGCCGUGGUUGCCGCCGACGAACGACGGAAGGCUCAGUCGCGGCCUAAGCGCUUUGUGAAGAGCCAAAUCCCAGAUUCGGUACUGAACGAUGCGGCUCUCAACUCUGCCAUCUCCCUCCUCCCAAUCAACUAUAACUUCGAGAUUCACAAAUGUGUUUGGCGCAUCCGAUGCGGGCAGGCUAAACGCGUCGCUUUGCAGUUCCCGGAGGGCCUCCUCAUGUAUUCCCUCGUCAUCGUCGAUAUCAUCUCCACUUUCACUUCCGUCACCGACUGCUUUGUUCUCGGCGACGUCACCUACGGCGCCUGCUGCGUGGACGACCUAUCAGCCGGCGCGCUCUCCGCCGACCUCCUGAUUCACUAUGGCCACAGCUGCCUCGUUCCCAUUGAUGUCACCACAAUCCCCUGUCUCUACGUCUUCGUUGAGAUCGCCAUCGAUGUACGCAAACUUCUGGACGAAUUAAAAAACAAUUUCUCUCCGGAGCAGUAUGAAAAUUUCAUUAUGGCCGGUACAAUCCAGUUCUCUAAUGCAAUUCGAGCCGUUAAACCGGAGCUUGAAAAGCUAGGGUUUAGGGUUUUGAUACCACAAUCCAAGCCCCUAUCAGCGGGAGAAGUCCUCGGGUGCACCGCUCCAACUGUAAGUAGGAAGAUUUGCAGUCCGGAAAGUGCAGUUUUGGUCUUCGUUGCGGAUGGGAGGUUUCAUCUGGAGGCAUUUAUGAUAGCAAAUCCAAUGAUAAAGGCAUACAGGUACGAUCCAUACAUAGGGAAGCUGUUUGUUGAGGAGUAUGAUGAAGAGGGGAUGAAGGAUGAGAGGAGAAAAGCAAUAGAGAAGGCCAAGGGGGCAAGGAAUUGGGGAAUAGUCUUGGGGACGUUGGGGAGGCAGGGAAACCCCAGGAUAUUGGAUCGGUUGGAGAAGAAGAUGGAGGAGAAAGGGAUGAGUUGGACGGUGAUAAUGAUGUCAGAAAUCUCUCCUGCUAGAAUAGGUUUGUUUGAUGAUUCCGUGGAAGCUUGGGUGCAGAUAGCCUGCCCCAGGUUGUCCAUUGAUUGGGGCGAUGCGUUUGGGAAGCCGCUUCUGACUGCUUUUGAAGCCGAGAUUGCUUUGGGGGAUCUUGCUGGUUGGUGGGAGAGAAGAAAGUCUGGUUCCCCACAAUUUUGCGCAUGCAACAGGAAAGAAGAAGAAGAAGAUUAUUACCCAAUGGAUUAUUAUUCCCAGAGUGGCGGGGAGUGGAAUUCUUGCUACUCUAAGAACAAGACUGCCUCAAAAACAUCACAAGAAAAGAACACACGCAAUCUUUGCAGCUCCCCAUCAACUGCUGGUUGCUGUUAAGAUUUCCCCCAGCGGGCUAUUUUCGUUCGAUUGAUGACCGACUAUAUUUCGACAUUCGAUGGAGAGGAAAAUGGUUUUAUUUCCCCUCUGCCUUUGCUUAUAGAGUGCAUUGUUGAAGGCUAGAAGAUAUCUGGCUGUUUUUUAUACAAUUAAUUAACUAGCAAUAAAGUUGGUAUUAAGCUAGCUGUUUUUUGUAAUCUUGGUGUCGGAUUUACAUUCUCCAAGUCUAUAAACUACCCUCCAAAGCCUCUAGGAGGGUAAAUCCGAAUCCAUCACAAUCAACUUCGUUGGUGUUGGCUCCAAAUGAAUUUGGUGUUGGGUCCAAAUGAAUUUCAACAAUUCUUGAUGUGCACUUUUACGGUUUAAAAAAUGCCUUCACAGGCAUGUGUACAAUAAAAGUGUUUAUAAAAGUCUUUUUAAUGAAUUUAUCUUUUAUUAUUA